CCUAUGGAGCUGGCGUUGGACCCGGGUGAACGGGACCUGCUGGGCUUCCUGCUAGAGGAAAGCGGAGAUUUGGGGGCGGCGCCCGAGGAGGCCUCGGAGGCUCCACUGGACUGGGAGUUGCCGCUUUCUGAGACACUGAGCGAUUGGGACGUAGAGGAUUUCCUGAACUCCCUGCCGAGUCCCUCAGACUCGUUGACUAUUUUUGGCGACUCUAAUCCCUGCCUUGUCCACCACGACCACACCUACUCUCUCUCACAAGAACAUGUUUCCAUAGAUCUAGCUAGUGGGAGCUGUGGAAAAGAGGAGAUCCAGAUGACGCCACUGCACGUGGAGGACCCGGCAGAGCAGGAGAUUGUUGGGCUGAUGCUGACAGAUGAGGAAAAGAGGCUGUUGGAGCAGGAGGGGCUUACUCUGCCUGAAACACUGCCUCUCACUAAGAUGGAGGAACAAGUCCUGAAACGAGUGCGGAGGAAGAUCCGAAAUAAGAAGUCUGCUCAGGAGAGCCGCAGGAAGAAGAAGGUGUAUGUGGGAGGUUUAGAGAGCAGGGUCUUGAAAUACACAGCCCAGAACCUGGAGCUACAGAACAAAGUACAGCUCCUGGAGGAACAGAACCUGUCCCUCCUGGACCAGCUGAGGAGACUGCAGGCCGUGGUGACUCAGAUCUCUAACAGCAGCAGCGCCUGCGUCCUGGUCCUACUGUUCUUCUUCUGUCUCGCCCUUGCACCUGCUAUGUACUCCUCUGGCACCAGGGGGAGCCUGCCAGCUGAGCAUGGAGUAUUAUCCCGCCAGCUUCGUGCCCUCCCUCAUCUGCUGGAGCUGUCGGCCCUGCAGUCGGAGGUACCAAAGGAUAGCUCAGACAGUGGGCUCCAGGCUCCUGGCAACUCUUGCUGCCUGCCCUCCCACAUGCCUCAGGCUCCUGGCACAGAACCUCCUCUGAAAUUGCCACUCCCUGAUCCCUUUUCAAAGUUUGCCUGCCUGGGUCCCAUCCUUCCCCUGGAUGCAAAUCUCACAAGAGAAGAGGGAUGGCUCCCUGCCCACAGCCCUGUAUCUGUUAUCUUGCAGGGCAGAUACUCAGGCUAGAUGGGAGGCCAAAUGAAAAGGAAUAAGAGAAGGCUAGUUUUAGCUUCUGUGCCCUGUCAGGAUGCCUUAGGGCUCAAACACACCACACUUACCAUCUUUCUGGGUCCUUUAUUUGUACCCAUAUAUGUCUAUCACCCCAUGAAUGGACCUGGGGGAAUCAACUGACCUUGAACAUUUCAUGCAGUGAGGGGAUGGGAUAAGGAAAUAAAUAAGUGGUUCUGA